AUGUCUCUGACAAUGCAGCUCUUGAUCCUUGUCCUGCUUCCCGUGGCCUUUCUCCUUCCCACUGGGUCUCAGGCUGGUGAGAUCAUUGGGGGCCAGGAAGUCAAGCCCCACUCCAGACCCUACAUGGCCUAUCUGGAAAUAGAACGCAAAGGGAAGACCUAUAUCUGUGGAGGGUUCCUGGUGGCGGAGAACUUCGUGCUGACGGCCGCUCACUGCAAUGGAGAUAAGAUCACUGUCAAGCUGGGAGCCCAUAACAUUAGAAAACAGGAACGGAGCCAACAGAAAAUCUCCGUGCACCACCGGAUCCCCCACCCGCAGUACAAGGAGACAACCCUGAACAAUGACAUCAUGCUGCUGCAGCUGGCAGACAGAGCGAAGCUGAACAGAUGGGUGGAUACCAUCGCUCUGCCCCGCGCCAGCGAGAGAGUAAAGCCAGGGGACAUGUGCAGCGUCGCCGGCUGGGGCGACACCAGCACAGAGAGUGAAUCAUCCCCCGCCACUCUCCAGGAGGCGGACGUGGUGGUGAUGCCGGAUCCCGCAUGUCCGAGGAAGCCUAAUGGGCCAUACAGCAACUAUAAAUCAUCCACCAUGAUGUGUGUGGGGGAUCCAAAGACGCGCAAAGACUCUUGGAAGGGCGAUUCUGGAGGCCCCCUGGUGUGCAGGAAAACAGCCCAGGGCAUCGUCUCCUGGGGGCCACCCACCCCUCCUGGGGUGUACACAAAAGUCUCCACCUUCAUCCCCUGGAUACAGGCGACAAUGAGGAGGCUGCAGCCCUGAGCCAAGCCGGGAAUAGCUGCAGGGGCCGGAGCUGCGUCACUUCUGUGCUUUGCUGAUGCCCAGAUGUAGGGCCUGCUUUGCAGAUUGGCUGAGCCCCCCUCUCUCCAAGAUACCCCCCCUCCAUUGCUCCACUCAGGCUGUGCCCAGCCCA